AUGCCGGCUCAGCACCUCGUAUCGAGUCCUGCUGCUGCCAAGCGCAAGGCCAACGCAACACCCGUCUCGACACCACCACAAAAGAAGAAGAUCAUCCCCAGCAAAUCCUCUCCCUCCAAGCGUAAUAACGAUGACGACUUCAUCAUGACCCUCGAUUCGGAUGACGAUGUCGAGGAUCUCGAUGCUGCCAACGCCGACGCCGAUGCUGCUGCCAGUGACGACGAGUCCGAACCAGAGCCGGCACAGGACGCUGCACAAUCGGACGAGAAGCUCACAAAGAACCAGCGCAAGCGCAAGGAGAAGGCGCAUCUCGCAGGCAAAGAGAAGAUCGUCGAAUCCGUGGCUUCCCGCGCUAAACCCGCGAACGGCGUAGCGUCCAAAGACGGCAUGGCGCUGGACAAGGACUUCGAGUUCGACAUCUUUGGUGAUGGUUCCGCUGCCGACUAUGCAAGUGCAGAGACCAACGGCUGGGACAUGAGCGUCACCGGAACAAGGAUGCACAAGAAGCUCAACGUCGACGAUAUCAUUGAAAAGAGGAGAAAGACGCGUCCUGAACUGGCGCUCCCUGUCGAUGAUGACGACGAGGAGGAGGACGUCUCCGGAUCCAGCGGCUCGGAAGAUACAGAUGACAGCUUGGAUGACGAUAUCAAGUACGCCGAAUAUGCCGACAGCGAAGAGGAUGACGAUGACUUGGAAACAAAAGACCGAUUCGGAGGUGGAAAUGGCAAGAUCGUCGGCGAGGAUGAGGACGAGGACGACGCAGCAGAAGUUGACAGCGGAGAAGAUCCACUGAACAGUGACGACGAGGAUGACGCCUCAGAAGACGACCAUGAGGACCCCGCGCAAGCAGAGCAAGACGAAGCCUCAAAUUCGAGCGACGACGACUCGGACUCGGAGACCGAACAGGAAAAAGCCAAGAAGGCCGCCUUCUUUGCCGACGAGCCCGCCACCACCUCCUCGUCAAAGAAGGCCAGCGCCGAUGCCGAAGCUUCCUUUGGCGCGUUCUCGCUCUCCCGACCCGUGCUUCGCGCCCUCUCCUCGCUCUCAUUCCACAAACCUACGCCCAUUCAGUCGCGUACCAUCCCCAUUGCUCUCGCGGGCAAGGACAUCGUUGCUGGCGCUGUCACCGGUUCCGGUAAAACCGCCGCCUUCAUGAUCCCAACCAUCGAACGUCUCACGUGGCGCGCCAAAGGUCGGGCGCAGGAAGCCAAGUCGCGCGUGCUCAUCCUCGCCCCCACGCGCGAGCUCGCCAUCCAGUGUUACUCGGUGGGCAAGUCGAUCGCCAAGUUUACAGAUAUUCGAUUCUGCCUGUGCGUCGGUGGCUUGUCGGUCAAGUCGCAGGAAGCGGAGCUCAAGCUGCGGCCCGAAGUUGUCAUUGCUACGCCCGGUCGGCUGAUCGAUCACGUGCGCAACUCGGCAAGUUUUACGCUGGACGACAUCGAGAUCUUGGUCAUGGACGAGGCGGAUCGAAUGCUGGAGGAUGGAUUUGCUGACGAGUUGAACGAGAUUGUCAAAUCGUGCCCCAAGGGCGCUAGGCAGACGAUGCUGUUUUCGGCGACGAUGACGGACGAUGUCGAGCAGCUGGUCAGGUUGUCGCUCAAACGGCCCGUGCGGUUGUUUGUCGAUCCCAAGCGUACCACCGCCAAGAAGCUCAUUCAGGAGUUUGUCCGCGUCCGAGGCUCUGGCACCGGCGGUGUAGCUGGUGCCGACGGUCUUGUCGGUGUCGGCGAAGAAGCUUCCACCUCGGCCUCCUCCGCUGUCACCGGCAAGAGGAGCGAAGACGCCCAACGUCCCGCACUGCUCCUCGCGCUCUGCACGCGCACAUUCACCAGUCAAGUCAUCAUUUUUGUGCGAUCCAAGAAACUGGCGCACCAGCUCAAGAUUGUCUUUGGCCUGCUCGGCCUGUCCGCCGGCGAGCUGCACGGUGACCUGUCGCAGGAACAGCGUAUCGACGCGCUCACGGAUUUCCGCGAUGGCAAGGUGGAUUUCCUGCUGGCGACGGACCUCGCCUCGCGCGGUUUGGACAUCAAGGGUGUGCAGACGGUGAUCAACUACGACAUGCCGGGGCAGUUCGAAGCGUACCUCCACCGUGUGGGACGUACUGCGCGUGCGGGGCGCAACGGUCGCGCAGUGACGCUGGUCGGCGAGGCGGACCGACGCAUGCUCAAACUCGCGAUCAAAAAGUCGUCGGCGGAGCAGAUCAAGCACCGCAUCAUCCCCGCCGCCGUCGCCUCGAGGAUGCUCGAGACACUCGAGGAGCUCAAGCCGGAGGUCGACGCCGUGCUGCGCGAGGAGAAGGAAGAAAAGGCGCUGCGAAUCGCAGAGAUGGAACUCAAGAAGGGCGAAAACAUGGCGGCGCACGCCGACGAGAUCUUCUCGCGCCCCAAACGCACCUGGUUCCAGACGGGUGCCGACAAGGACAAAGCCGCGCUUGUCGGCAAGGUCCAGUACGAAGCCACGAUGGAAGCGGGAAAGAAGGGCAAAGAGGGCCGCGACAAGUAUGCCGGGUUGAGCCGGAAGAAGCGUCGCAGCAAAAUGAUGCGCGAGGAGAUCGACAGGGAGCGCAAGGAGGCCAGCAGCUCCGGCGGCGCAAUGACCGCCAGUGGCAGCAGCAUGCAUGCCGGGAUCCGCGCGGCCAAGAAGGCGCAGCGACCGACAAAGCUCGGCGUUGCUCCCGUCAAGGUUCUGAGCAAGAACAAGGGCAAGAAAGGCAGCAGCAGCGGCGGCGGCAAGAGCGGAGGAGCAGGCGGCAAAAAGACAAAGAGCUCUUUCAGCCGCGACUUCGGCGACAAGAAGCGUCGUUGA